GCACUAUCCUGGUUGACAAUAUGCUCAUCAAAGGAACAGCAGGUGAGCCGGACCCCACUAUUGAACUCUCCUUAAAGGACAACGUCGAUUACUGGGUGAUCCUGGAUCCUAUCAGCCAAAUGUUAUACCUAAAUAGCACUGGCCGAACUCUGGACAGGGAUCCACCCAUGUCCAUUCAGUCCAUUGUGGUGCAAGUCCAGUGUGUUAACAAAAAGGUUGGCACCAUUAUCAACCAUGAAGUGCGGAUUGUGGUGAGAGACAGGAACGAUAACUCGCCUCGGUUCCAGCAGCAGCAAUACUAUGUGGCAGUCAAUGAGUUAACUCCAGUUGGAACAACCAUCUUUACAGGAUUUUCUGGAAACAGUGGUGCUACUGACAUUGAUGAUGGUCCAAACGGCCAGAUAGAAUAUGUCAUCCAGUACAAUCCUAAUGACAAGACUUCCAACAAGACCUUUGAUAUUCCUCUCACUUUGUCUGGAGCAGUAGUUCUACGGGAAAGACUAAAUUAUGAAGAAAAGACUCGUUAUUUUGUCAUUGUUCAAGCAAAUGACCGAGCCCAAAAUCUUAACGAGCGAAGGACAAGUACAACCACCCUGACAGUAGAUGUGCUUGAUGGGGAUGAUCUGGGACCAAUGUUUCUUCCUUGUGUCUUGGUGAAUAAUACUCGUGACUGUAGACCUCUCACCUACCAAGCGAGCUUGCAAGAACUGACUGAUCCUGUAAGUCCUCUUGGUUCUUUUGUCGAUAGUACAGACUGGUUUAAUAACGAGUGCAGUCUGGAAAAG